CUUUUUUGACUUUAUCUCCAGCUCCAGUGUGGCCCCAUCACCACUCUCGAGAUCAUCAAGCCUUGACCUGACGCCGUUUCUACAUCUUGCGAAAGCUCUCGAACCGAUCAUCAUCAAUGGCAACGCGAUCCACCUUUGGUUCCGUUUCGCGAGCUUGUCGUUUCAUGGAGAGAACUCGAAGCCCCGCGGCCUCAUCCUCGGGCGCUCUCCGCUACUUCAGCGACGACAAAGGCCGCGUUCUCAGCGAGGAAGAGCGCGCUGCUGAAAACGUCUACAUAAAGAAAAUGGAGAGGGAGAAGAUGGAGAAGAUGAAGCGGAAGGCUGAGAAAGAGAAAGCAGAGAAAGAGAAGGCUGGCAAGAGUGCUGAAGAGGGUCAAAAGAGCUGAAGGGAGUGUCUUUACUGACCGAUGAACUCUUGAUCUGAAAGCCUCAUGACGAAUAAAAGUUUCCCAUGGCUGAAAUAACUCUUGAUAAGAACUGUUCCUUUGUAUAAAGUUUGGCUUGUAAUGGAUUAUUUGCCUGGCUGUUCAAUGCAGUUCUUUUUUUUGGUUUGGCUUGUAA